UUCGUUUGUUUAUUACCCUGACCUUACUCUUCUCUACCACCAAACCCUAAUCACAUUGAAUACAAAUUUCACCACCGCCACCACCACCGCUACCGCCUCAGCCGCGGCCAUGACGAUCCGCCAGCUAAUAAACCUUGGUCUCCGUAAUCGGAGACCAAUCCGCCCAUUCACCGCCGCUCGAUCUCACUCCACUGCCGUCGCCACCUCCGCCGAUGCACCCCUUCCAUCUCCUCCGCCACCAACCGCCAUGAUCUACGACCGAUUGGCGUUAGCUGUGCAGGAGAAGCUGAAAAGGCUGGAGGACCCCGAUCCUCGUUUCCUCCGCUACAACUCGCCGCAUCCGACGGUGGAUUCUCACGAUGAGAUCUUAUCCGCACCGCUCACGAAAGUCACAACCCUUCCUAAUGGCUUGCGCAUCGCAACGGAGUCGAAUCUCGCCACGACCACGGCUACCGUUGGUGUUUUCAUUGACGCCGGAUCGAGGUUCGAGAACGAAGAGUCCAACGGAACAGCGCAUUUUCUGGAGCAUAUGAUAUUUAAGGGGACGGAGAAGAGGACCGCGAGACAACUGGAGGAGGAGAUUGAGAAUAUGGGCGGCCAUUUGAAUGCUUAUACUUCAAGGGAGCAGACAACGUACUACGCCAAGGUGUUCGAUAAGGAUGUGCCCCGUGCUCUAGAUAUUUUGUCUGAUAUUCUUCAGAAUUCGAAGUUUGAUGAGAACAGAAUUAUCAGGGAGAGAGAUGUGAUUCUUCGCGAGAUGGAGGAGGUAGAAGGACAAACAGAAGAAGUUAUCUUUGAUCAUCUACAUGCCACAGCUUUCCAGUAUACUCCUCUGGGUAGGACAAUACUUGGACCUGCUGAAAAUGUGAGGAGAAUUGGCAAAAAAGAUAUACAAGAUUACAUAGCCACUCACUACACUGCUCCAAGAACGGUUCUUGUUGGUUCUGGUGCUGUGAAGCAUGAAGAAUUUGUAGAGGAAGUGAAGAAACUGUUCACAAAGUUGUCAUCAAACCCAAUAACAUCUUCCGAGCUGGUUGCUAAAGAGCCAUCAAUUUUUACGGGGUCUGAGGUUAGGAUGCGUGAUGAUGACAUCCCACUAGCCCAGUUCGCAGUUGCCUUUGAAGGAGCUUCUUGGACAGAUCCAGAUUCAAUUGCUUUAAUGGUUAUGCAGUCGAUGCUGGGCUCUUGGAAUAAAAGUGCUGGUGGUGGAAAGCAUAUGGGUUCUGAGCUUGCCCAGAGGGUUGGGAUUAAUGAAAUAGCGGAGAGCAUGAUGGCUUUCAAUACCAACUACAAAGACACUGGCUUGUUUGGUGUUUAUGCUGUUGCUAAGCCUGACUGCUUGGAUGAUUUGGCCUAUGCCAUUAUGUAUGAGUUAACCAAACUAUGUUACCGAGUAUCAGAGGCAGAUGUUAUUCGUGCUCGUAACCAGUUGAAAUCUUCUCUGCUGCUUCACAUUGACGGAAGCAGCCCGGUUGCUGAAGAUAUUGGACGUCAGAUGAUUACUUAUGGCAGGAGGAUUCCUUAUGCUGAACUAUUUGCCAGAAUAGAUGCUGUAGAUACCAGCACUAUCAAACGUGUUGCAAACCGAUUUAUAUUUGAUAGGGAUGUUGCCAUUAGUGCCGUAGGGCCUGUCCAGGGCCUGCCCGACUACAACUGGUUCAGGCGCAGGACCUACUGGCUCCGCUACUAGGUUCCUCACUUCAAACUUGGCUCUUCUAUGUGGUUCUCAUUUUUCCAUUUGCUUUGCUGUUUCCUGUAUAAUUUCUGGUUAGUCAAAAUAAUGAAAGCAGUGAUGAGGGGAUAUGUCUAUUUAUCUGCAAGAAAGAGCUCAGUGAUAUCCUUCUAGAUGAAGGCACACCGGAGCAUACAGUAGACUUUCUUUUAUCCAGCGACCGUAUUAUCUGA